UGCAACAUUCCCCCACAUUGAGGAAGUACAGUUAGUGAAACACAGGCUGUGUAUAGUAUUGUUAAUAGUGAGAAGAUGUCUCCUCACAGAGUGCUACCGCGACAGCAGUCCCUGCUCCUUCCUGCCAUCAUCAACCCAUUCCUGCUGGACCUUAAACUAACCAGAGCCCAGAAAAUCAAAUGUUUUCUUCUGGGAUUCAUCCUCCUGCCCUUGCGCUUGUUCCUCAUGGUCCUGGUUCUUAUGAUAAUGUGGCCUGUUGCCGCUUUAAUAACAUUCGGGCGUCCUCUAAAAGGAGAAGUUGAACCCAUAACAGGCUGGCGGAGGUUCAUGUGUCAGACAGUGAUGGUGCUUCUUGGACGGCUGUAUUUCUUUGUGAUGGGCUUUCAUGUUGUGGUUAAGGGGAAGCAGGCAACCAGCACUGAGGCUCCCAUUCUGACCGUAGCUCCUCAUUCCUCAUUUUUUGAUGGCAUUGCCUGUGUUGUAUCGGGACUGCCCUCUACUGUAUCCCGCUCAGAGAAUCUGCUUGCUCCUGUUUUUGGCCGAUUUUUACGGUGCUUUCAGCCUGUGCUCGUCUCGCGGCUGGACCCAGACUCACGCAAAAACACAAUCCAAGCAAUCAGUAACCGGGCCAAAUCUGAAGGCCGAUGGCCACAGGUAUUGAUCUUCCCUGAAGGAACCUGCACAAACAGAUCAUGUCUGAUUACUUUCAAACAAGGGGCGUUUGUGCCAGGAGUCCCAGUUCAGCCAGUGCUUAUCAGAUACCCAAAUAAGCUGGACACAGUAACAUGGACAUGGCAAGGUCCUAGUUACUGGACCCUGCUUCUUCUUACUCUAUGUCAGCUUUACACAACAGUGGAGAUUGAGUUUCUUUCUCCUCAGGUUCCCACAGAAGAAGAGAAGAAAAAUCCUAUAAAAUACGCACAGACAGUGCGAACCGUGAUGGCAAAGGCUCUGGGUGUCCCAGUAACUGAUCACACAUUUGAGGACUGUCGGCUGAUGAUCUCAGCAGGAGAGCUGACCCUGCCAAUGGAAGCUGGUCUAGUGGAGUUUACCAAGAUCAGCAAAAAGCUUAAUCUAAAAUGGGACAACAUGAAGGAGGAGCUGGAGAAUUUUGCCGCAAUAGCUGGUUCGUGUAAAGGAGGCCGAAUCAGGAUUGAAGAGUUUGCCAGCUUUUUGAAGUUAUCCAUCAGCCCAGUGCUUCAGGAGCUCUUUGCUCUUUUUGACAGGGAUGAGGAUGGCACUAUUGAUUUCAGAGAGUAUGUUAUUGGUAUGACUGUGUUGUGUCGACCAGCCAACACAGAUGAAGUCAUCCAGACAGCAUUUAAGCUGUUUGAUAUUGAUGAAGACAACAAUAUCACCCGAGAGGAAUUUGCUGGUCUGCUGCGCUCUGCUUUAGGUGUAUCUGAUCUUAACGUCUCCAAACUCUUUGACGAGAUUGAUGCAGAUGGAUCAGGACAUAUCACAUAUGAUGAGUUCCACUCCUUUGCUUUAAGCCACCCGGAGUAUGCCAAACUUUUUACCACGUAUAUUGACCUCCAGCGGUACCAAGCUCUUCGGGAAGACAGGCCAGAUUCCGACCCCAUCUCCAUCCAGAGAUCUACUGUUUCUUUAAGUGACCAAGAAGAAAGUUCAGACAAGAAGGAUGAUUAAUCAUUCUGCAUUUAGAAAAAACAGGACUAAGACAAGCACAAAUCACCAGAGGUCCUUAAAACAUCAAUUACUAUAACUUUUUCUUUUUGAUCUACUUCAAAUGUGAGCAUAAUGUGCCUCAGCAGCUAGGAUUGAGCAAAACAUCAGUUUCAGUCCCACUGCUGUUCAAAAAGAAUUCUUGUAAACACUUAUUUUGCAUUAAAAGUUUAUGCAUGAUGUGUUUAUUCUCUAACAUUAAAGAUACAUUGAAAACUGCUAAACAGCCAACGUCACAUGCUGAGAUCUUCCACCAGGUGACAGCAGCACCCUAAAUUACAAGCUCGGUAGUGUUUCUAAUGUUUCUUUUUUGUGAGCAAUAAACAGUGCCAAAACAAAGAAAA